AUGGGCGAGUGCAGAUAUCCGUGGGGUGACUGUCAUGUCAUGAGACCGGAGCACAGUGACAAUACUUACCUUCAGUGUCUCCUUCUGGAGGUGGGGUUCCAGGACAUGAAGGACGAGAUGAGGAAGCGCUAUGAAGCCUUCAGGAGGGAAGAGGCGAAGCCUCUGGUGAAAAAGAUUGGAGAAAACAUGCCAGAGUAUCGUCGAACAAUUGCCAGCGGCAAGUUGUCGAUUCUCGUUGUGGUGCUGACGGUGAUAUGCGCGUUGCUGGCGGGGAUUGUGGCAAACCCUCAGGUAUAG